AUGACGGCACCCGACUUGCAAACACCAGUCAUCAUCCGUCCGGCAAACUCGACAGAUCUUCCCGCCGUCAAAGCCUGCCUCCAAGAAUACACGGACUGGCUCGACCAAGACAUCUCGUUCCAAAACCACAAGCAAGAAUUUGCCAAUCUGCCCGGCAAAUAUGCCCCUCCGGCCGGCGGGCUCAUCCUCGCCGUCGAUGGACCAUCAGGCGAGGUCCUAGGAUGCAUUGCAUUUCGGCCCCUCAGUCUCGACGACGACUUUGUGCAUCCGCGACAUGGGCGUCUUCGCAGCUGCGAACUGAAACGACUAUACGUCUAUCCGAGGGCGCGAGGGCGCGAGGUUGCCAGGAAGCUACUCCAGGCGGCCAUCAAGACGGCCGCGCAGAUCGGCUAUGACGAAAUGUUUCUCGAUACGCUGCCCAAAAUGCAGUCAGCCAUCGGGCUCUACAAGUCGGAAGGGUUUACUCCGACAAGGCCAUAUUAUUUCAACCCGCUCGAGGGGGCGCUGUUUUUUUCGAAGCCUUUGAGGGGAGACCACACUCACCCAAGAGGCUCGGGAUGA